AUGCGUGAGGUCAUUAGCAUCAACGUCGGUCAGGCUGGUUGCCAGAUUGCCAACGCCUGCUGGGAGCUCUACUGUCUCGAGCACGGUAUCCAGCCCGAUGGAUACUUGACCGAGGAGCGUAAGCAGGCCGAUCCCGACCAUGGCUUCAGCACCUUCUUCUCCGAGACUGGCCAGGGAAAGUAUGUCCCCCGCGCCAUCUACUGCGAUCUUGAGCCCAACGUCGUCGACGAGGUCCGCACCGGCCCCUACCGCGGCCUCUUCCACCCCGAGCACAUGAUCACCGGCAAGGAGGAUGCCUCUAACAACUACGCUCGUGGCCAUUACACCGUUGGCAAGGAGCUUAUCGAUCAGGUUCUCGACAAGGUCCGCCGCGUUGCCGACAACUGCGUUGGCCUGCAGGGCUUCCUCGUCUUCCACUCCUUCGGUGGUGGUACUGGCUCUGGUUUCGGCGCUCUCCUGAUGGAGCGUCUGUCCGUCGACUACGGAAAGAAGAGCAAGCUCGAGUUCUGUGUCUACCCCGCCCCGCAGACCGCCACCUCUGUCGUCGAGCCUUACAACUCCAUCCUCACCACCCACACCACCCUCGAGCAUUCCGACUGCUCCUUCAUGGUCGACAACGAGGCCAUCUACGACAUUUGCCGUCGUAACCUGGGUCUUGAGCGCCCCAACUACGAGAACCUCAACCGCUUGAUUGCCCAGGUUGUCUCGUCCAUUACCGCUUCCCUCCGUUUCGAUGGCUCCCUGAACGUCGACUUGAACGAGUUCCAGACCAACCUUGUGCCUUACCCUCGCAUUCACUUCCCUUUGGUCGCUUACGCGCCCAUGAUCUCUGCCGCCAAGGCCGCCCACGAGGCCAACUCUGUCCAGGAGAUGACCAUGUCUUGCUUCGAGCCCAACAACCAGAUGGUCAAGUGCGACCCCCGUCACGGCAAGUACAUGGCAACUUGCUUGCUGUACCGUGGAGAUGUCGUCCCCAACGAUGCCCACGCAGCUGUCGCUACUCUCAAGACCAAGCGUACCAUCCAGUUUGUUGAUUGGUGCCCCACUGGUUUCAAGCUUGGUAUCUGCUACCAGGCUCCUCAGAUGGUGCCCAACGGUGACCUCGCCAAGGUCAGCCGCGCUGUCUGCAUGCUCUCCAACACAACUGCGAUUGCGGAGGCCUGGUCCGCCCUGUCGACCAAGUUCGAUCUCAUGUACUCCAAGCGUGCCUUCGUCCACUGGUACGUUGGUGAAGGUAUGGAGGAGGGCGAGUUCUCUGAGGCUCGUGAGGAUCUUGCUGCCCUCGAGCGUGAUUAUGAGGAGGUUGCGGCCGACUCUCUUGAAGGUGAGGAGGGCCUUGAGGCAGAGUAUUAA